GUCGUCAGUUUUAGAUAAUGGACUGGGAUCAUCGCGUACGUAGGUGAUGCCAAUUCGAAUUGCAUAAGGGUCUUCUUUUAAUAGACUAAUAGGAUUGACGGACAGGUGGACGUAAGAUUAGCAAGGCUUCCUCUUCGAGAAGAUUAGGUUUUUUUUUUGAAGUGAAUUAAAAGUGAAGCCGACGUUUUGUGAAAUGUGAUUUACUCAUUCGAAAAUUGAUAGUGCCGAGGUCAAUGUUACCCAGAAUAGCAAGGUCGAUAUGUAGAAUUGAAAGUGAAAAGAAUGAUGGCUCUCAAAGCUUCCAGUUUCUAUGGCAACGAUGAUAAAUGUCAAAAACCGAACACAAAUCACAAAAAUAAACAGAACCUAUUCGAUUUAAAAUAAUUUUUAUUUUACUUUUCCCAGAAUUGUUUGAAAAAUAAUUGAAAAUGCUUGCUGUUCAAGGAGUUAAUCAAUCUGGUAUUCCAGAUAAAAUGUGGCAACCGCCUUUUGUUGUAUUUGAAACAACAAUGGGUGAGAUCACUGUAGAAUUAUACUGGAAACAUGCACCUAAAACCUGUAGAAACUUCGCUGAACUUACAAGAAGGGGAUAUUAUAACAAUACGAUAUUUCAUAGAAUCAUAAGAGACUUUAUGAUUCAGGGGGGAGAUCCUACUGGAACAGGUAAAGGAGGACUUUCUAUUUAUGGUCAAACCUUUAAGGACGAAAUACAUUCUGGAUUGAAACACAGUGGAGCUGGAAUAUUGUCAAUGGCAAAUUCAGGACCAGACACUAACGGUUCUCAGUUUUUCAUAACGUUAGCUCCUACACAGUGGCUAGAUGGUAAACAUGCCAUUUUUGGUAGAAUAUCAUCAGGAAUGACUGUUGUACAGAGAAUUGGUUUAGUUGAGACAGAUAAAAAUGACAGGCCUGUGGAUGAAGUCAAAAUUAUACGAGGGAAAAUAUUGAAGUCGUAACAUAACAAUUAAUUAGUAAGAUGCUUUUUUUGUACAAAUUUUUUAAUGAAUAAACUUUACGAUCACAA